UCAUACUGUUCACACACCGGACGAAACCAGCGCGAACGCCUGAACACACAUAUGCACCCCGAGGAGGCCCUACGGACCGACUUUUCCCGGCGCUGCGAAGACGCAGCCGGCCGCGCCCACUCCACCUACCAGCACCUCGACACAUGCACCACCGCGCAGCAGCUCACCGACGCAUGGACCACGGCCAGCCUCCAGCGGCACCUAGUGCAGGACGAAUGCGAGGACCUGAUCAUGGCCCACCCGGACCUGGCCAACGCCUGCCAGGCAGACAAGACGCUCUGGCGCUUACGUCUUCUACACGCCGAUCAGCGAAUGCCGCAAGCGCCUGCGCCUGCCCGCCGACAGCACCUGCGACGACGGCUACGCAGCCAGCAUCACUGGUGGGCCAUGACCUUGAAUGCCCUGCUAUGCGAGGCCGUCGGCUACAUGCAGCCGCUGUUUGUAUUGCAGGUCGGCGCCCACAAAGACACGUCCUUGCAGUCGGCCAUCCGCUAUAGCGAUCUGUACGUCCACGAGAUGCCAUUGCCAGACACUUCGACGUUUAUUGCAUUGGCGCGCAGUGCGUAUAUGUGCGCCCAGGCCAUGCAUUUCGACAGCGGCCGGGUGUGCGAGCAGAUGGCGCUGCUGGCCAUGUACGAGAACGAUGCCAUGGGCAUGAUGUUCUGGCAAAUAUGCGCGCUCUGCUACGCCGACCGCCUGCCGGUGCGCAACAAAAGCAUGCUGCUGGCCAUGCUUCUGCCCGGCCGCUCUGCCGACCGCCCGCCGUCGGUCGAGCAGCUGGUCAUGGAGCUCGCAUACGCAAUUCUGUGUACAUCCGAAUCCCACAUGAAGACACAGUACGAAGCAUUGCAACUGGCGCUGCAAGCGGACACUGCCGGAUGCGGUCUGGGAGGACGGCUACCGUGCCAGCAUUAUCAUGGCGGGCCUGCUCACAUGGGUGCAUAUUGCCGCGCUCCUCUUACACAAGCAGCUAGCCUAUGUCCCGCAGGCAGUGGCCAGUGGCGAGUCCGCCAUCUACGCGCUCAUGAGUCCUGGCUGUGUGGGCCGACAUCUGGCGCUCUGGCCCGUACCUCGAGACCGCCCUGGCAGCACCAGGUUUCCCGAGCCUUCAGCCCAGCCUCGAAUCCCUGUUUGCGCAGCUCGCCGCUCCAGCGCGACCUCAACUACGAGGAGAUCCUGGACCUACCAGUCAUGCAUUUGUCGGCCAAGCUGCCCGUGGUGUUUACGGGCAAGUCCAAGCCUGGCGCCCGCACAAACGCCAGCGUCUCGAGCUACGCCAGCAGCGACAUCGAGAACCUGCCGCUGUGGGCCCACGACACAUUAUCGGUAGCCCUGGCCCGCACCCAAACAACAUUGCUGGCGUUUGCGCGUCGCGCCGUCCUGCCAUUCCUUACCUGGGACACCGACGGCGACCUGGCCGUGGAGAGCGCGCAGGUGCGCGAGCAGCGGCAGCGGCAGAUAACCCAGGCCAUCGAGGACAAACGGCUUAAUGAAGGGCUGCGGGCAAAGCAUGCCGAGCUGCGCCGCGCCUCGACGCCCAUUCGCGCCCACUCCCCGGUCCUGGUGCCGGACUUUGACUCCUGGUGCUUCCACUUGCCGGCCCUGCGCGGCUGGCUGCGCACCCACCACUCCACCCUGGUGUUUUGCAUGGCGGUGCUGGAGCUGAUCGACCAGGCGAAGCGCGAUUCGUGUAUCGGAUACCGUGCGCGCGCCGUCUCGCAGUUCAUUGACAGCACCAGGACCUGGGAGAACUCGUCGGUGAUCCUGCAGGCUCCGCGCCAGCAGCUCGAUAACUGGCCGUGCUCGGCCCUGUAUAUGCUGAGUGACGACCCCAUGGAUGAGGAUGAGGGCAGGCCCGAUGUCGAGGAGGUGCCUGAGGCCCAUCGUGGCGUCCUGUCUUGUGCCCUGUAUUUUGCUCAUGUCGUGGAGCCGGCUCGCGGGGCGGUUUUGGUUACUGACGAUGAGGAGCUGGCGUUUUAUGCCGCGUGGUUUGGCAUCGAUUUAUAUGCUAGACACAAGGUGUCUAGUUCUCUAGCGAUCUGGGAACUACACUUGGCUCUCAAGAUCGCCAUUUUCCUGAGUAUUAUUGCUGUGAGCCUGGUGAAAGACAUAUUAGCCACUGCCUAG